UUCUUUGCACGUUCUCUGUCUGUCUCCCUCUCAGCCUCUGGUCUUUCUUGCAACCGCUGAUUAAUUUCCUCAACCCCACCUGGCCCACUCACAGAUUCUACAAAAUGGGUUCCCUUUUCCCUUUCUUUUAAUCAUAAUUCUCUCAUGUAAAUCACCCUUUACUAGAGGCUUCUCAAGCCAGCCUGGAAGAAUAAAAGCUUUCCUAUCUUUUAUUUAUUUUCUUGGCGCUGAAUUGAUGGAGAAUUCUUUGAGUUCAUGUAUUAACAAAACCAUUGCUUCUAAAGGAGCCGCAGACUGCCCUGAGGAAAGUGGCUGGACUAAAUACUUGGAAGAUUUCUCAAGUUACAAAGGACAUGAUGAUUCCUCUUCUAGUUUCCAUAGCUCUUCUUUGGUUUCUGAUGCCGCUUCUUCUGCUGCAUGGAAGAAUUCCAAUAACAAGGAUCUGAAAGUUCCAAAGACACUAGGUUUCAAGAAUACAAUAACCAAGAUAAUAGAUGAUUCUUUGGAGGAUACUGCCAGCUCUCCCGUUAGUAGUCCGAAGGUCAGUGAUUUGGGACCAGUAGAUAUGAAUCCUAUAGAGAUGAAGAGAGGUAUUUUAGAGCAUUAUGAUCCAGAACUGCAGCCGGAUGAAAGAAGUGGAAUCAACUUUGGAGGAAAGAUCGAUAUUAAUAAUCAUGAUUCUAGAAAUUUAAGGAAGAUGGGGCUAUGCUUGGUUCCUUUAUCCAAGUUAGUGAACUAUUCCGGUUGACUGGCAUUAAAACAUCUCUCUUUCUCUCUCCCUCUCCCUUGUAAAACAUCUUGACAUACUAGGAAACUUCCUGUCAUGCAUGUUAUAUCGUUUGUACUAUAAUAAGCUCAUCUCUUUCGUCAACAUCUGUAAACUAAACUAAAUCUUGUUCGUAUAUUACUUCUAUAUUGUUGUAA